GGGAUCCGCGCUGGGCCCCUCCCUGGCGGCGCCUCCGGCGCCGCCCCCUGGCGCGCUCCGCGCGCCAGGGAGGGGGUCCAACGGUGAUCCAAGAAAUCCGCGCAGAGCGCCAAAGGUUUUGUGCUUCUGCCGUGGUUCUUCUUCUGUGAAGAUUCCCCGCGGCUCGGGCUCGGGCUCGGCUGGGAGGGGCGAGGGCCCCCCGCGCCCAGGGACGGGCGGACUCGCUAUCGGGGGCCUCUCGCCGAUCUCUUGGUGAUGCAUCGUCGAUUCCAGGUCGGUGUCCCACCUCCCCGUGAGCCAGUCGCCACCCCUGACGUUUCCUCUCGCAGUGGCGAUGCCAGGCCGGAGGAACCCGGCGAGGACCCCUUCAAGGAUCUCUGGAAGACUCGCCCCUGCCGCUGGUUCGUCGUGGAGGGCAGGUGCCAGUUCGGCGACGGCUGCAUGCACGCCCACAGCGCGGGGGAGCUGCGCCCGCUCCCCGAGCGGCACCGCGCGCCCGAGGCCGCGCACUGGCAGGGCCGCGCGGUGUGCAUCGGCCUGAUCGACCAGGCCCUCUUCCACGGCGCGCCCGGGCCGAGAACGACGUCGAUCCCCUGCUCGACAUCUGCAACCGCGUCACGUGCCUGGGCAAUCCGUUCGCCUGCCGGCGCUACCCGCCCGGCGAGCAGCCGCCCCCGCGCGACGCCCACGGUUGGCGCCUCGCGGAGCACGAGGACCUGUGCGCGGCCUUUGACGAGUACCUGACCGAGGUGCUCGAGGGCGGCGGUGCCGAGGACCUGCGGGCCGCGGCCCAGCGCAUCGCCGAGAGGCGGUCCAUGGCGCUGUCGCACCAGUGGACCGUGCAGAAGCUGCGCCGCGAGGACGUGCGCGGGGCGCUGCGGGGGCUGCUGCGCCGCGUGGCCGCGGGCGAGAAGGUGCGCCUGCUGUGCCACUGCAGGCCGCACGUGAGGUGCCACACGGAGUACCUCAAGGCGCACCUGGAGCUGCUGGCGGCGCCGCCGCCCGAGCCGCCGGCGUGCGCCCGGCCGGAGGCCCGGCAGGCGAGGCUGAGCCCCGAGGAGGCGUGGCCGGGCCUGGGCCUGGGCGGCCCGCCGUGCGCCGCGUGCGGCCGCGAGGG